UCUCCCCCGACUCUCUGCUCUCAGUGUCCCCGGAGAUGAUGCACCUUCCCCGGGUCACAGGGUCACUAACAUGGCGUGGAGGAGUUGCUCGGUUCUGCUCAGACUCACCGGAGAAGAUGCUCUACGGAGCUCCGCGAGGGGCGGCAGGAUCAGCGUUCAGCAGCGCUGCAUCUUCAGGAAAGUGACGAGGACACCUGAACAAAAGGGGGCGAAGCAUAACCUGAAAGAGCCCCCCCCGGCUGAGGCUCCUCCCCCCGGACGCUACUCCCAGCGACCCCCCCCCUCCCCGCCAAGAGACUUCGGGCGCCUCCUGAAGCCCCUCGUCUUCACCGUGGGGUUUACAGGCUGCUCCUUCGGUGCGGUGGCGAUCUAUCAGUACGAGUGUCUGAAGGCUCGGGUGCAAAGCUACUUUGACGCGGUCCGCGCUGAUGGCCUGGAGAAACCUCGGCCUCAGAAACAAGGAAACGUCCGCAAAGAGAUCAACCAAUGGUGGAACAGCUUGAGCGAGGGUCAGAGGACGGUGGCAGGGAUCAUUGCUGCUAACGUCAUAGUGUUUUGCUGCUGGAAGAUCCCCUCUCUGCAGCGCUCGAUGGUCGAAUACUUCACCGCCUGCCCUUCCUCCAAGAGCCUUUAUGCCCCCAUGCUUCUCUCCACCUUCAGCCACUACAGCGUCUUGCACCUGGCGGCCAACAUGUACGUCCUGUGGAGUUUCUCCUCCAGCGCCGUGUCCAUGUUGGGCCGAGAGCAGUUCAUCGCCCUCUACCUGUCCGCAGGCGUCGUCUCGUCGUUCUUCAGCUAUUUCUGUAAAACAGCGACCGGGAGGUUCGGGCCGUCUCUGGGAGCCUCCGGAGCCAUCAUGACCGUCCUCGCUGCCGUUUGCACCAAAAUGCCCGAAUCUCAACUCGCCCUCAUCUUCCUCCCCAUGUUCACCUUCAGCAGCGCCUACGCGCUGAAGGCAAUCGUUGCCAUGGACACGGCCGGCAUUGUUCUGGGAUGGCGAUACUUUGACCACGCGGCGCAUUUAGGAGGAUCGUUGUUCGGGAUCUGGUACAUCAUGUUUGGUCAAGAGUUGAUCCGGAAGAUCAACACGCCGUUCGUUAAGCUUUGGCACGAGCUGAGGACUGGGGGGGGGCGGGGCGGAGGAGGAGGGGGUGAGGGGGGGGCCGUGUGAGAGCCACCGGGGCUGAUGGGAAAUAAAAAGCUGUAGAGAUGUAUACAUGUACAGAAUCUGGGUAUUUAUAAAAGCUGGUCACAUGAUGCAUAUUUUCUCUUUGUUGCGAUGCUAGGACAGGGGGGGGGCGUCUAGGAAAAAUAUCUCAAAAUGUACUUUAUAUUCUGGGGAUAUUCCAUAUUAUUUUUUUACAUAUCUCGUGAUUGUACGAGUUAAAUCCCAGAAAAUAAUCCCUUUUUGUGGUUUAUGACUUGAAUGAUCCGUUUUAUUAUGUAAAUAUUACUCAGAAAACAAUAAACAGAUCUCUUAAUAAUAACAGA